UCUUCUUCUUCUAAGAAUUAUUACUAUGUUAUCAUUAGUUCACUUUUAUGGUUAUAAUAUUCCUCCUUUUUCACAUGUCAAGAAAUUUUCUCCUUUAAAAUCCAAGACAAGAGCCUUUGGUAUCUUUGCAAGCAACAAAUCUCAUAUUUACUUAGCCAAUAUGGAACAAGAAAGAGAUCAAGAGAGAUCAAUGGAUAUUAGUCUUAAAGACCUCUCUAAGCAACUUGAAGAUUUUGCUAAGGUUAGAAAUUGGGAGAAGUAUCAUAGCCCUAGGAAUUUGCUACUUGCCAUGGUAGGUGAAGUAGGGGAGUUAUCAGAAAUAUUCCAAUGGAGAGGAGAAGUGGAUAAAGGGUUACCAAAUUGGGAAGAAUCAGAUAAAGAGCAUCUUGGUGAAGAGUUAUCUGAUGUUUUGCUUUAUCUCAUUAGAUUGGCUGAUAUUUGUGGCAUUGAUCUUGGUGAUGCUGCUGCUAAAAAGAUUCUCAAGAACUCUAUCAAAUAUCCUGAGCCCAAAACGAAGCGAGAAUUCAUAUAGUCGAUCUCAAUAACAAUUAUUAUUAUUGUUUGUUUUUUUACCAAGUGUGUAUCAUGAUGAGAAGUUUUUUAUUUGGUGGAUCAUUUUGGUGAUACUAGAAAUAAAAAAAUAUAUACAACUUAUUAUAUA